AGAGAGAGAGAGAGGGGGGAGAGAGAGGCCAUAGUAACUCUCUCACUGACACUACUACUACUUAUAGACAGACAUCAUACUAAUCCCCAGCAGUCAGCACCACAAGAAGCAGCGGCAGCAGAAGUUGUGAAAAAACAUACGCAGAGAGGGACCAUCAAUCAGAGCACGUUAGUCUGUGCCUUCAACGGUUCGACACAACCGGUAGAGUUGCAUUAGAGAAAGAGAUGAAAGAGAAGAGUGAAAGUGGUGGUGGGUAUGUUAGGGCGGAUCAGAUAGAUCUGAAGAGCUUGGAUGAGCAGCUUCAGAGGCAUCUGAGCAGGGCAUGGACCAUGGAGAAGAACAAGAAGAAAGAGGAAGAACAAGAAGCAAGGUCUACCAGGCAAGAGUGGGAGAUUGACCCUUCGAAGCUUAUUAUCAAGAGUGUCAUAGCUCGUGGAACUUUCGGCACCGUUCAUCGUGGCACUUACGACGGCCAAGACGUUGCAGUCAAACUGCUUGAUUGGGGGGAGGAGGGCCACAGGUCAGAGGCUGAAUUAGCGUCUCUGAGAGCGGCUUUUACGCAAGAGGUUGCUGUUUGGCACAAGCUUGACCAUCCUAAUGUAACAAAGUUUUUAGGGGCAACAGUAUGUGCAUCGGAACUACACAUACAAACAGAUAAUGGCCACAUUGGCAUGCCGAAUAAUGUUUGUUGUGUUGUUGUGGAAUAUUGUCCUGGGGGUGCACUAAAGUCAUAUCUCAUAAAGAACCGGAGAAGGAAGCUAGCCUUUAAAGUAGUCGUCCAACUUGCACUGGAUCUUGCAAGAGGGUUGUGCUAUCUUCAUUCACAGAAGAUUGUCCACAGAGAUGUUAAGACGGAGAAUAUGCUUCUGGAUAAGACGCGUACCUUGAAAAUAGCUGACUUUGGAGUUGCUCGAAUUGAGGCUUCAAAUCCUAAUGACAUGACUGGCGAGACUGGAACCCUUGGUUACAUGGCACCAGAGGUUCUCAAUGGCAACCCAUAUAAUAGGAAAUGUGAUGUGUACAGUUUUGGUAUCUGCUUGUGGGAGAUAUACUGCUGCGACAUGCCAUACCCCGACCUCAGCUUCUCAGAAGUAACUUCUGCAGUUGUUCGCCAGAAUCUGAGGCCAGAGAUACCCCGCUGCUGCCCAAGUUCUCUUGCAAAUGUAAUGAAGCGAUGCUGGGAUGCGAAUCCUGACAGGCGGCCAGAGAUGGAUGAGGUAGUGGCCAUGUUGGAGGCCAUUGACACAUCAAAGGGUGGAGGUAUGAUCCCUCUUGAUCACCCUCAGGGUUGUUUCUGUUUCCGCAGGUACCGAGGGCCUUGAAAAACUCAAAACUACUCCAACCAAAGUGAUUGUGGUGAUAUGCCACACGUUCUGGAAAUUCAAUUUGUAUCUUAUUCGAUUUUAAAGAUUAAUGCAAAAGGAAAACGAAACUAUGGAGGCUAUAGGUUGAGAGUGGCUUUCCAAUAUGUGUUACUUAAUUGGACUGUAGACUUUGUAAAGCUGUUCUUUGGUAAAAAUCCCUGUUAUUUGAUAUCAAA